AUGAAUGACAAUAAGUGGACGAAAGAAAAUAUAAUUCGUUUAAUCGAGCUAUAUGAAAAUGAAAAAUGUUUAUGGUACACAAAGUCAUCGGAUCAUAAAAAUAAAAUAAAACGGACCGAUGCAUUUAUAAAAAUUGCCAACGAUCUUAAUUUUGAAGAACAAGAGGUGAGAAAAAAAAUGGAUUCUCUUCUUACACAAUAUCGUAGAGAAAAAAAAGCAUUAGUAUUAAAAUCAGGAAUGUCAAGUGAUGAUUUAAAAACACCAUGGUACGCUUAUAAAUAUUUUUAUUUUAUGAACAACAAAAAUGAUCCUCGAAAAACGCGGUCUAACACUAAUGAAGAUGUGUAUAGUGAAGAGGAUUGCGAUAUACUUGAUAUUGAAUCAGUUAAUGAGGAUAACGAAAAUGACAAUGAAAAAAAAUCCGAAUAUUCGGAAUACUCGAGUACAGAAAGUCCCAAAACCAAAAAGAAAAAACUAUUUAUAUCACCAAAACCGGCAAAAAAAGUUCCGAGAAAAAAAAACCAAGAAGACGAACAAGUUAAAGAAGCUUAUUCUAUUAUGACGUCAUGUUACUCAAAACUACAAGAUCAGCAACCAAGGGAUGAUUUAAAAGUUUAUGGAGAAUCCGUUGAAUUUAGACUACGUAAAAUACAAAAUCCCAUGAGCGUAUGUCUACUGAAAAAUCAAAUAGAUAAUCUAUUAUUUCAAGCGGAAAUGGAUCAAUAUAAACAAGUUACUGUUCCUGUGCAAUCAACACCACUUUUGUCUGAAUUUCAGCCAACAGCAUCAAAUUCGCCAUCACCACAGUCAGCUACAUCAGUGACACCACAUCCUCAUCAAAUACAGUUACAAAACUACGACAUGCAAAAUCACUUUGAAAAUUCUCAAUUUUAUUAA